AACACGACAGUGACAACAUGCUGAGAGCUCUCGGAAAGCAAACUAGCGUGAUUGCCCGAGUUCGCGCCUUCAGUACGACGACCCCGACGCUCACGACGCCUGCUACCCCCUUUUCGUUCUUGCCGGCCAAUUCUUUGGCUCUGAAACCAAAGAAUGCGGGAACGGGCCUCAGCAUGAAAUCGCGCGAGUCUGGCAUCACCGAGAUUCGGGGUCCUUACUACGCGCCCGUCACAAAGACAUACUUAGACGAACUCCUCGGCGACUGGGGCGAAUAUGUUGACGGUGUCAAAUUUGCUGGAGGUGCAUUUAGUCUCAUGCCGGAAGACCGACUGAAAGCGCUUAUAGAUGUAGCACACAAACACGAUACGUAUGUGUCUACUGGCGGCUACAUCGAACGCGUGCUAGCAGCAUCCGCUGGGAACAAUAAUGUUGUCGAAAAAUACGUGAAAACGUGCCGCGACAUGGGAUUUGACGUCGUUGAACUUUCAUCUGGCUUCUUGUCGAUUCCGACGAAGGAUUGGGCCGAGUUGAUAGCUCUCGUCACCAAGUAUGGCAUGAAGGCUAAACCUGAGGUCGGGAUCCAGUUGUCAUGA